UUUUAUUUUACUUCCGAAUUCAGUGACUUGUCUGGGAUUUUCACACGCUGUGAAAACGAAAAAUUGUGUCUAAGAAUUGAAUUUGGUUUCGGUUUAUAAGUGCAUUAGGCGUUGUUAAAGUAAUUAGAUAGUGACUAAUUAAUUAAGUGCACGUGAAGAUGCCCGAAUUAGGCAAGAAGGUAACCGAGUUGCGUGUCUGCGACUUGAAAGAUGAGCUAGAAAAACGCAAGCUGGACACUUUGGGUCCAAAGGCUGCGCUCAUCGAUCGCUUAGAAAAGGCAAUAAAAGAGGAAGGUCUAGACCCGGCCACCCAUUUGAUUGUGCCGGCUGCAAAGGUAAAGAAGAGCACAACAGUGCCCACGAGCGAGAAUGAGAGUGGAAUUAAAAUAAAGGAGGAGCCCGUCGAUGAAGACGAGCAAGGGGAGGCAGGACCUGAUAAUGGUGAUGACCUUUCCCGUCAUGACGAACAGGAUGGCCAUGAAAUAGAUCAGGUGGGCGACGUGGACGACGUUUGUGUGAUUCUUGACGAUGAUGAAGAGGAGGAGGAAUACGACGAAGAGCAAAACGGCGAAGGUGAGGCCGAUGGCGAGGCCGAGGAUGUCCCAGAAGAGGGCGAUAACAACGGUGAAGCCGACGCCGUUAAUGAUAUUCAAGAAGAGGAGGAAAACACCGGGGACACGGUGAACCUGGACAACGACGAGUCCAUCAAUCUAACAAUUGGUGAAGACGAACAAAAACUGCUGCACGAUGAGGCUCCAGAUGACAAAUCCAUCAAGUCGGUGAAACCAGCCAAUAAAUCAGAUAAGACUAACUCGAAAGAUGCCGAUAAGAAAAAUGAAAAGAAAAAGGAUGAAAAGUCUGCUGAUAAAAAGGACACCAGUGAUCAAAAAUUAUCUUCAAAGUCGUCCAGCCAAAAGGAUGAUAAAGAGAAAUCAGCGACAGCAGCCGCUGGGGCAGCUUCGUCCGCCGCAUCGAGUGCCGCUGGCAGCAAGUCCGGAUCCGGUUCGGGCACGGGAUCGGGUGCUGCCGGAUCUGUGGGGGCAACAUCAACAUCCUCCGCGUCCAACAGCAAGGCGACGACGCUGUCACGCAAUCUCUGGGUCUCCGGCUUGUCCACCCUCACGCGGGCCAGCGACCUCAAGGCGAUCUUUUCCAAGUUCGGCAAGGUGAUCGGUGCGAAGGUCGUGACCAACACACGCACGCCCGGCACACGCUGCUACGGCUAUGUGACCAUGUCCUCUUCGGCGGAUGCCUCGCGGUGCAUUGAGAAUCUGCACCGCACCGAGCUGCAUGGACGCAUCAUAUCGGUGGAGCGCACCAAGAACGAGAUCGGGGGAAGUGCCAGCUCCAAGGAUGGCAAGGGCAACAACACCAACAACAAGGCCACUCAGGGGCAAGAUGGCAAGAAGAAGGAUGACGAGAAGAAGUCUGGAGGCAAUGGCGGCGGCAAGGGCAGCCACAACGGCAACGCCGAGAAGAACAGCAAGAACAACGAUGGAGGCGACACAAAGUCCGCCAGCGGUGAUUCCAAGCGCGACGGCAAGGACAACAGGGAGCGUCACCUCAAGCGUCGUGACGACAAGGACAAGUCUGUCAGCCGCGACAGGCGUCACGAUCGCGAGACUUCACGAUCCGGGCCAGGCGGCAACAGCAAGCGUCAGGGCUCCAAUCAAGACAUUCAUCGUUCGGGGCGCAAUCCGCGCGACGUAGACCGUGAGAUCCAGGCGCGCCAGCGGGACCGGGAGCGCCGUCAACGUGAGAUGCUCUCAUACCGGAAGAUACGUGAGGAGCGCGAACGCCAGCGUCUGCGUGAACGUGAGCGCGAGCUGCGCGAAGAGGAACGCCGUCGUCGCGAGGCACGCGAACGCCAGCGCAUCGAGGAGGAGCGCCUAGCGGAGGAGCGACGCAAGCUGGCCGUCGAGCGGGAGCGGCUCGAGCGCGAGAAGGCCGAGCUGUUGCGCAUGGAGCGGGAGCGCCAGAAACUGGAACGCGAGAAAAUCGAACUGGAGCGCCUCGAGCUGAAGCGUCAACAGAUGAAGAUUAUGGAGUCGCGCGAUGAUACUGUCAAGCGUGCCGUGGCCAAGCGUGCGGAUGAUCGUUACGGUGAUGUACCCGAUCGCAAGCGCAGUGGCCUAUUUGAUGCCCCACCUCCACCACGAUUCGAUGCAUCUCUAGUCAGCUCUCGCAGCGCUUAUGAUAAGAAGCAUGAUGACUAUGGCUCCUCGUCGGCCGCCAAGCGCGUGAUAGACGACUACUCGAGCACCAACAAGCGUCUGGAUUAUACGAACAAGCGCAACGAUUAUGCCACAUCGUCUGCCUCGAAGCGUGGAGCUGUCGAUGACUAUACCACAGUGCCGAGCAAGCGUUCGAGCGGCAAUGACUACAGUGCCUCCAGCUCGAAGCACGAUUAUAGCUCGUCAAGCAAGCGUGAGGACUACAAGCGCGAGGUGGAGGUGCGUCACAUGCCCAUAUCGGCCAGUGCCGGUGGCUCGAGCAGCUCCUACUUACACAAGACCAAUGCCAGCGGUGGUGGUGGUGGAGCCAGCUCCUAUGUACACAAAAACAACGCCACUGGAGGCACUGGUGGUCGCUACAAUGACUCUGAUCGGAGCAACACCUCCAACUACCGACGCGACGAUUCCCACAGCCUGCAGCAUAGCGGCGCCAAGCGUUAUGACAACUCCACCAGCAGUGGAGGCGGCGGCGGCGGCUAUGGCAGCAGUUCGAACAAUGUCAACAUUUGGGCGCCCUCCUCGGGUGGCUCACACCUGGGAUCCAGUGGCGGACCGAUCAAGUCCUACGGCAAUGGCAUGUCCUCGAAUAUGCAUAGCAACAAUUCGUGGCCGAAAUCAACCACAGUCGAAGACAAUGGCUGGCGCCAGGUGCCAGCCCAGAGCCGCUUUGAUCGCAGCUACAAUGAUCGUUCCACUGGCGGAUAUCAGGGCAACAGCGGCGGCGGUGGCGGUGCUGGGGGCAUGUACGGCGGCAGUCGCCCGGCCCAGGACCGCUACGGCAAUCAGGUGUCACGCUAUUAGGCGGCUGACAACGGGCAAUGUGCAUUUUGUUAGGCAAUAGAUGACGCGCACCCUCCACCACCAACAACCUAUCUUGCUUCCCCGCCCUUCCACUGACUUUCCCCACACAGCGCCAUGGAGCGCUAUCUCUAUACUUUAGCUUGUUUUAGCAGUAGAUUAAGUUUCUACAAUUACAUUUGAAAACCAAUAAAUGUAUUAACAAUUAAAAUA